AUGGGCUUAGACGGCUCUAGACGAUGGCCGUGGCCGAUAUAUGCGCUCUGCUGCGGUCCUGCUGAUGUUCUUGUACCUUCCGUCGAGAUUUCACGUGGCACAUUGACCAAGUCCGAUAUUUCAACCAUUCACGCAGUACUUAAGACCAACUAUCCUCAACCAAUCGUGAAAUCGGACACAACAAUCCUCCGGCAGUACGGCUUCAUUGAGAUUGAAGAAGGGGCGGAGGUGCGUGUUUGUGGCGUAAAUAACGACGAAGAGAACGAGUUUGUUGCGACAAGCGCGUGUCGUUGCCGAGCGCUUUACGACCCUGAAGACGAGGAGUGGGUAAAUUUUAUUGUGCCUGGACACGGUGCUCGCAAAUCCAAGCUUGGUAGUGGGAAUGUCCGAUUCAUCCCCGACUGUGGAAAUUCCUACUUCCGAUUCAAACGAUUGAGUGGAUCCCUGACAAUAAAGUAUGUCACUUUCCAGAGCCCCAAGGUAUUGACGGAUCUACUAGCACUAGUCACCAGCGGACUUCGUUCUUUGACGUUAUGUGGUGACGCUGAGGACCCCGCCACCACUGCGAUUCAUGUCGACUUGUGCGCGCUGGCUACCGCGUGUCCAGAACUUCAGUAUCUCUACGUCUCUGAAAUGAACGUUGUGAUCUCGUCCCACGACGAUGCACUUUGUCGCUGGUCUAUUAAGACGCUAUGCUUACACGAGCAUUCGGGUUCUCUGUCUGACUUAACGAGGUGUUUGAGAACCUCGACGCUACGAAUGGCUCGACAACUCGUUAUACUUGAAGUGACAGCACGACGGCAUGGAUAUGAUGAAGCUGAAGUAAACGAACUAAAGACUCAUGAUGGUGAGUUCCUGCCUGUCACGAUGGUGAAAUUCCCCACCACGUCGAAGGCUGCGAUGAUCAGUGUUGUAUUGAGUGCGUCCAGCAGCGCAACGAAGCCGAUUCACCGUCUCGACGCAUACAUGCUCAGCCUCAUCUUUGUAUUCGCGUCCACUCCAGAACAGCGGUCGGUAGUGUACUGGUGUCGGCAGUUCAAGCCUCGAGCUGAGUAA